AACGUUCGUCCAACGCAACAGCCUCUGAACUAAUACCAAGUCGUUUAUAUAUCAAAUAAAUCAAUCUCCACCACGGUAUGUAUUGUAAACCACAACUCGUAAUGGUUGAUGACUGAUAUUUCCAAACGAAGGAGACCUUUUGAAGGACCAGGUUAUGUUCAUGUAUUUUGGUUAAAUCCAUGGUUACUUUGUUUGGUGAAGUAAGUGAACAGACGCGGAAGGCUGAUGGGAAAUGUGCGUUUAAACUGCUUCUGUAAUCGUCUGACACCAUGCUGAGCUCCAUCUACAGCUGUUCUGCAGUAUCUGUGUCGAUAUGAAGUCCAGCGUGGCUGUGUUUACAAGAGAGGAUCCCUUGCCACCUCUUCCGAGCAGGAAGACUGGCUAUCACCCAUCCCGCAGACAGAACCUCACACAGAAAAAGAGCUCCAAAAAAACCCCUGCAGACGACCGACCGGCCUGGCCCUCAACGGACCAGGGAUCUCCCUCCAGCGAGACGGCCUUCCCUUCCAACACGGAUCCGCCUGGACCCUCUGCUGGGGGUUUCAACAUGUCUCCCCCCCACCAACAGGAUUCAGUUCUGGCAAGGUACGUCCAGCGUUUCCGCUACGGCGAGCCCAGGAGCCGGGCGGAGCGCCGACCGGUGUCCCCUGCUGCCGAGAGAGAGGAGGCACGACUCUUCUGGUGGAUGAGUCCCUCGUCUCCUCCUUCUAGUCCUACACCCCGAGACUCAGGAGACAUGGAUGAAACAGCUGCCCUGAAAGAAGACCAGGACCCUGGCAGAGGCGGGGAACUCGGAACCUCAAGACCGUACGGGGAACCACUUGAUAUCAGCUCGUUGGACCUGUCCGACUCCUCUCUGGGGGACCGCUGGGACAUUGAGGGCGUGCAGGAGAGGGCCAGCCGACUGCUACAGAGGAGUGAGAGCUCCGUCAGCAGUGGCUCCCUGGUCGUCAGCUCUGAGGGCCUCGGGGGCUCUGGUUUAUCCUCCCCCGUCAGCGCAAACGAGCCGUUCCGAAGACCCUUCUUUCCCUGUCCGAUUGAACCGACCGCGUGUAACACAAGCUCAUCUUCGGCCCCUGUGGGCCCCUCGCAGAACGGCUACACGCCAUCUGCCUCCAUUAGUCGCCAACGCCCGGAGGAAGACAUCCUCUUCCAAUGGCGGUUGAGGAGGAAAAUGGAGCAGGCCAGCCACUGGCCCCCGGCCCCCUCACAACCGUUCCCUAGCCUCCACCAGCAACAACCACCUUCAGCCUGGCAGAACCCUACUCUCCACCAACCACCUUCAGCCUGGCAGAACCCUACUCUCCACCAACCACCUCCAGCUGGACAGACAUCUAGUCUCCACCAGGCCUCAGUCAGUGGCUCCAUGGAACAUAUGCGGCCUCAGGACCAGGGACCCGAACCGUCGCAAAGAACGCCGCCAUCCAUCCUUCCCACGCCACAACACGGGAGAAAAGGCACGCACGGGCCGUGUCCCCCAGCCGCGGGCCCCCCCUCGACAUCCACCCCCCGUCCUGCGUCCAGCCAAACGGCCUCCAGUCACCAGCCGGCGAGGGAGCCUCCUCUCUGGGAUGGAUUCCCUGGUCCGGUGCCAUCGUCUUUUCCAACAACGCCACCCAAAGCGCUAGGCCGGCCCCCGACCGACAUCGCCCCAAAACACUCUCGACGAACCGUGACUAACCCUUCCCCGGCGGCGGGCGGCCGGGAACCAGAGUCGUGUCCCCCCCCGCCCAGCUCCUCGGAGCCGACAAAGGACGAGCGGAACUCUGACAUCAAGGAGCAGAAAACGGCCCACAGGAAGCAGAAGAGGCGCCCUGCUGGAGACGGGCCGGGCCCUCAGAUCGGGGGCGGCUCGCGGCCCCGCCCGGACAGCAUGGCAGCGUCCGCGCCUCAAAGGUUGUCCCCCGACAAAGACACACGGCAGAGGAAGAGCCAAGCGCUCCACCAGGGGGUCUGUUCUGCUCAAUGUGCCCCGCCGUCUCCCGUCCACCUGGCCUUACGACAGGCGGUUUCCGAGGUGCUGUUCCCCACGCGGCGUGCCUCUUCCUCCUCCUCCGUCCCCCCGCGGGGCGCCCCAGCUGCUCCGCCGCGGCCCCAGGGUCCCGACGGCAGCGCCCAGCCCCCCGAGGAGGUCCUUUCACAGCUGCUCCGCGACGCCGAGGAUUCCGACGGAGCGGAGUUCGGAGACGAUGGUUUACUGCAGGUGCUACGCAAGCAGAGGACGCGAGUGAAGGACCAAAUAAGUCAAGUGGACUCCUUGUUGGAGGAAUUCACACCAGUGGGGGAAGAAGCUUGAACCAGGGAACACUUGCAAUAGUUUUGUUUUUUAAUUUUAUACAUAAAGAGUGCAUUUGUAUCAUGUAUUUAUAAAGAUGCUGUGACAAAUAUAAAUUAAAACAUUAA